AUCAUCCAAUUCCCAAAAAAACCAGAUGUGAUGGGGAAACAGUUUUGGUGGUUAAUCGCCGAUUGACAGGUUGAGCUGCAUUUGUCAAUAUCAGGCAAUUCCUGCGGCGGAGCAAAAUCAAAUGGCCUCUUUCACACUCCACCUCCCGCCCCCGCGGAAGAUCCACCACUCCUCUCCACUCCACGGUCUCCAAUCCUGCUCAACCAUGGCCGAGCUCAAGCAACUCCACUCCCAAAUCAUCCGGCUCGGUCUCUCCAUGGACCCCGACGCCAUAGGCCGAGCCAUCAAGUUCUGCGCCAUCUCCGAGUUUGGCGACUUGGGUUAUGCCCUACGGCUGUUUGAGAAGCUUCCCCACCCGGACGCUUUCGUUUACAACACCGUCAUUAGAGGUUACUUACAGAACCGCCUGCCAAGAAGUUGCUUUCACUUCUACUCCCAAAUGUUAUGCGAUUCCGUCGCACCGAACAGAUUUACCUUCCCUCCCGUCGUGAGAGCCGCUGGCGUCGACAAUGCUGUCGAGGAAGGGAAGCAGCUCCACGCUCAUGUGAUAAAAUUUGGGUUUGAUAAUGAUGGGUUUUCUCAGAACAACUUGAUUCAUAUGUACGUGAAUUUUGGGUCUUUGGAAGAAGCAAGGAGAUUGUUCGAUAAUAUGCCUCACCAGGACGUUGUUUCUUGGACGACUUUGAUUACUGGGUAUUCUCAGCUUGGGCUUGUUGAUGAUGCUUGUGAGCUUUUUGAGUUGAUGCCUGAGAGGAAUUCUGUUUCCUGGAAUGCCAUGAUAUCUGCUUAUGUUCGUAGUGGCCGUUUCUGCAAGGCAUUUACUCUGUUUGACAGGAUGCAAUCAGAAAAGAUGGCUUUGGAUAAGUUCACAGCAGCGAGCAUGUUAUCGGCGUGCACAGGGUUGGGAGCCUUGAAGCAGGGGGAGUGGAUACACAGGCAUAUUGAGAAGAACAGGAUCGAAUUGGACUCUAGACUUGCAACAAUGAUUAUUGAUAUGUACUGCAGAUGUGGCUGCUUGGAAAAAGCUUUUGAAGUAUUCAAUGGGUUGCCCUGUAAAGGGGUUUCUUCAUGGAAUUGCAUGAUUGGAGGGCUGGCAAUGUAUGGGAAAGGAAAGGCUGCCAUCAAGCUGUUCAAGGAAAUGGAGAGGCAGCUGGUAGCUCCUGAUGACAUCACUUUUGUGAAUGUUCUCAGUGCAUGCUCUCAUUCAGGGUUAGUUGAAGAAGGGCGCCAUUUCUUCCACUACAUGACUGAUGUUCAUGAGAUUGUGCCCAAAAUGGAGCAUCUCGGAUGCAUGGUUGAUUUACUUGGGAGAGCUGGAUUGCUGGAGGAAGCAAGAAAGCUUAUAAAUGAGACGCCCAUGUGUGCUGAGCAUGUUGGCGUAUUAGGUGCUCUUCUUGGAGCAUGUAAAAUCCAUGGGAAUACCGAGAUGGGAGAGGAAAUAGGGAAAAGGGUACUUGAAUUGGACCCUAGCAAUAGUGGGCGUUAUGUCUUAUUGGCUAAUAUGUAUGCUGAUGCUGGUAGAUGGGAGGAUGUUGCUAAUGUGAGGAAGUUGAUGAAUGACAGGGGAGUAAAGAAGGCUCGGGGGUUUUCCACGAUCGAGAUGAAUGGUAUCAUUAACGAAUUUAUUGCAGGAGGAAGGGCUCAUCCUCAAACAAAGGAGAUAUAUGCCAAAGUAGAUGAGAUGUUGGAGCGCAUAAGAUCUAUCGGUUACAUUCCUUGUACCAAUGGAGUCCCACUGCAUGAUGUUGAUGAGGAGGAAAAGGAAAACCCCUUCUAUUACCACAGUGAGAAGCUUGCCAUUGCAUUUGGGUUGCUGAACACUCGACGCGGGGAAACUUUCCAUAUCACUAAGAAUUUGCGAGUCUGCAGAGACUGUCACCAUGCUAGUAAGCUCAUCUCGAAGAUUUUUGAUCGCGAAAUAAUUGUCAGGGAUAGGAACAGGUUCCACCAUUUUAGAGCGGGAGAGUGUUCUUGCAAUGAUUAUUGGUAAAGGGUGUGCAGUAAAUCAUUCGUUUGUCAUUCAUAGAGAUUUAUUGUUGUCUCGAGUACAUAGAUAUCAUCUGAGCCAUUUGCCUGCCAUCGAUUUGGGUAGAUAUGACGCAGGCAACGUGUGUGUGUUCAUUGUUUGUACUGCGAAUACAAUAAGGUUUACCUGUAUACCUGUAUAUGGAUAAAUUUACAGGAUGUUUUGUUUACCUUCAAAAUGGCUGAAGUGUUCGUUAUUUUUA